UAGCAGAGUUGUAGCCUGUCUUGGUGUAUCAAAAAAGUUUCCCCACUGAGCUUGCGGCCUUCGGAAGCCAAAGCUUCAUUUAAUUCAAAUUAUUAUUUAUCAGAAUGACCCGUGGCAAUCAGCGCGAAUUGGCUAGAGCAAAAAACCAGAAAAAGCAGAAGGAAAUGGAUAAAAAUAAAAGAGCUGACGGUUUGACUGUCGAACAACGAAAACUUAGAGACGCUGAAGUAAUGCGGGAAAAGCAGAAGAAGAAACAAGAAGACAGCGAAGUGAAGAAAGGCCAGACUUGUAAAUAAGAGAACUGAUAUCUCUGAAUUUCAUAAAACGUGUAAAAAUUUAGUUUUAAGUUCCUCCAAUACUUUUAUGACAUAUUUGGCAGUUUGUAUUUGUGACAUAUGUAAUAUAAUUAGUCAGUGUGCAUUACUGUUUCAUCCACUAUCUAAUGUUGCUCCGUAAAUUAUUUCUCUAUUAAUUCCUCUUAUUGUUCUUCAUCGCAGUAUUUUUGUACGAAGUAGGUUUCACAUUUGCUCCUAUUAAGUCAAUUCUUGUUAAUUAAUUUAGUUAGGUACGAAUAAAACAGGAUUGUUUUUCUUUUUUUACUGCUUUUAUAGAUGGUGAAUAAACUAAUAAAAAAGUAUGUGGAAAUUGGUAAUUUAUAAUUUACCUAAACAAUUACCAUUGUUGAUGAUAUUCCUUAAUUCAGGAAAUUUAAACAAAACUACCUCAUCUAAACUAGUACGAAG